AUGGAGUGGGACUUGGAUGCGUUGGAGGCAAGGGCAAAGAAAAUGCAGGAGGGAGGGGAGGUUGAAGAAGAGCCGGAGAGUUUGGUGGCUGCAGAGACGAAAGAGGAUGUGUCUGGAAAAGAGAGACUGGGCGGGGCGGACGGUAAAAACCAAAUUACAAUAUCGGCAUUGUCUUCGUAUCCUUCUCAAGGCUUUGAAAUGGUGCCUGUGACCACGCGCCAGUUGAAUCUCGACAAGCGACAGGAUAACGAAGAAGUAUCGACCAGCUCGUAUGAAUAUGAAUCCUCAUCAUAUGAAUCGACUACGUCAUGA